GUGAAAAACCUCACAGAAGAGAUGGCAGGCCUGGACGAAACCAUCGCAAAGUUGACCAAGGAGAAGAAGGCCCUCCAAGAGGCCCACCAGCAGACCCUGGAUGAUCUGCAGACAGAAGAAGACAAAGUCAACACCCUGACCAAAGCUAAAACCAAGCUAGAGCAGCAAGUGGAUGACCUUGAAGGGUCUCUAGAGCAAGAAAAGAAACUUCGAAUGGAUCUAGAAAGGGCAAAGAGGAAACUGGAGGGUGACCUAAAAUUGGCCCAAGAAUCCACAAUGGAUGUAGAAAAUGACAAGCAGCAACUUGAUGAGAAACUCAAAAAGAAAGAAUUUGAAAUCAGCAAUCUGCUAAGCAAAAUUGAAGAUGAGCAGGCAGGAGAAAUUCAACUACAGAAGAAGAUCAAAGAGCUGCAGGCCCGCAUCGAGGAGCUGGAGGAGGAAAUUGAGGCAGAGCGGGCCUCCCAGGCCAAAGCAGAGAAGCAGCGUUCUGAUCUCUCCCGGGAACUGGAGGAGAUCAGCGAGCGCCUGGAAGAAGCCGGCGGGGCCACUUCUGCCCAGAUUGAGAUGAACAAGAAGCGCGAGGCUGAGCUCCAGAAACUUCGCCGGGAUCUGGAGGAGGCCACCCUACAGCACGAAGCCACAGCGGCCGCACUCCAGAAGAAGCACGCGGACAGCGUGGCCGAGCUCGGGGAGCAGAUAGACAACCUGCAGAGGGUCAAGCAGAAGCUGGAGAAGGAGAAGAGCGAACUGAAGAUGGAGAUCGAUGACCUUGCCAGUAAUGCAGAGGCCAUUUCCAAAGCAAAGGGGAACCUUGAAAAGAUGUGUCACACUCUGGAAGAUCAGGUGAGUGAACUUAAGACCAAAGAAGAGGAGAAGCAGCGGCUGAUCAAUGACCUGACGGCUCAGAGAGCACGUCUGCAGACAGAAGCAGGUGAAUAUUCCCGACAAUUAGAUGAGAAAGAUGCUUUAGUCUCUCAGCUUUCAAGAAGCAAACAAGCAUCUACGCAGCAGAUCGAGGAGCUGAAACGUCAGCUGGAGGAAGAAACUAAAGCCAAGAACGCCCUGGCCCAUGCCCUGCAGUCCUCCCGCCACGACUGUGACCUGCUGCGGGAACAGUAUGAGGAGGAGCAGGAAUCCAAGGCCGAGCUGCAGAGGGCGCU